AUGGCCGUCGGAAAAGUUUUGAGAAAUUGUUUGGAUCCGCUGCGCGAGAUCGUAAAUCAUCAACGGUCCGCCGACCCACCACCCACUCGGACUCGCGCGGGGGCACAAAGGCCUGGUGGUGGAAUAAAGUCGUGUGCGAUGUGGGCGAGAUUGUGGUGGCGUUUGGGUAUACACUGCAGCACAAUAGUAUAUAAAGGAGGCAGACCGGAAGGUCAGAAGUUUUCAUUGUCAUCCGGUCUUCUUCACCGCCAACCAUCUCCCCGACCAUUUUCCGUCGUCGCAUUACGCACACGCGCGUACACAUGUGCGACAUGGAGCAUUCCGAAAGAAAAGGGUUAA